AUGGAAGUCCCAAGACCAGAUGGACCAGAUGUGAACAGAGGGACAAGCAUCUUCGUUGGAUGCUGGGUACUGACUGGCUUCGUAUUCUUCGUGCUCCUUUUCCGAUAUGCCGUCAAGUCUUGGAUCUCAUGGCUGCUUCCCAACGUCUCCAAGCCACAGCGCGUAUGGGGUCUCGAGGACUUUUUCUUUGCGCUCGGCUGGCAACGGGGAUUGGGAAGGCAUUUCUUCUACCUCACGCCGAUCCAAAAGAACCAAGCCAUGAAAUGGGACUUUGUCUCUCAACCUCUGGCCGUCGCGGCGUCCAUGUGGUCACGGACGGGCGUCAUCCUCUUUCUGUAUACCUGCUUCGCACAGAACCGACGGAGUCUUCGGGUCAUCGUCAUCAUCUGCUUCGUGGUACAGAUCGUCGCAAACCUCUUCACCAUCCUGCAAAUCUUCCUGCAAUGCGGGCCGAACCCAUACCGACUUGUCGACCGAGCAUCGUAUUUCCACUACAUGUGGGAUCCCUUGCCAGAAGAUGGCUCCGUCGUGUGUCAGGCACCGUCGGUUCAAGCGACCGUGGGAUACGUCCAAGGCGCAUUCAACUGCAUCAUCGAUUUCACCCUGACCUAUCUGGCCGGUUUUGAGUUGUGGCAGUUCAUGUUCCGUGGCGCUCAGAGCAGCCGAGAGAACUCGUUCCUCGCCCGAUUCAAGAGACUAGAUCGCGGAAUCCGGACUCAGAGACUGUGGCAGACACUAUUGAUCUGCGGUCCACUGUUGUUGUCGGGUGUGGCAUCGAUCGUCAAGACAUACCUUCUCUCCGCUCUGGGAAGCCGACUGGACUUUACCUGGAACAUUGUCCCAUUCAUUCUCUGGGUCAAGAUCGAGAACUACUGCAUCCCGAUCGCCACGACAGCGCCGAUCCUCCGCCUGUUUAUCCGCACCUUCGUCGACCAACGCGGCACCGACCAAGACUACAGCCUCAGCCGUAGCGGCGGCGACGGACGCAGUGGCAGCGGACUGCGCUCCAAGCUCUCCGGGGCGGGCCACACUAUGGAACUCACCAACACGCGGUCUCACACGCGGUCGCACAUCCGACAAGACAGCAAAGGGUUCAUACACAUGCAAGAGACGGACGAGGCGGGCAGCGAGACGGCGCGGGGGCCGAGCAGACAGGGUUCCGAGAACGAGCUGAUUGUCAAUGAACACGAAAUCCGCGUCAAGCACGAGUACGAGGUGCGGGUGGAGGACAAAACCGACGUAUUCGUCCCCGCGGCUGGCCCUGGUAUGAAGAAGCCGCGUGUUCGUAGCAACGAUGCGUGGGCUUGA